AGCAUUCCUGGUAAAACAGUGAAAUAACAUUGAAGUUGUCACAAAACUGCCAAAAUUCUCAGUCCGAUGAACAUGACUCGUUAUGUUAGCCUUUUAUCUGGGAUUACCUAGACAAUCCGAAGUGCUUUUAAUAGUAUUUCUAGGGAUAUGUUUCCUCUCCCUGGAUUUCUCGCUCUUCCACUUGAAGUCCAAUGUGGAGGACAUCUGGAAACUUGAGCUGAACAAAACCAAAUAUCUGGAACUGUUCCUCAAAUACGUCAUCAGUGCCAUUGUCGUUGUAAGAACGUUCACGUUGCACAUAUUUCUGGCCUUCUAUGUCAUCAUGCUGUGGCCGGCAAUUUUCGAGGAAAAACCCCAUCUGAUGCUUCCCUGGCUGCUGCUGGGGAUCAUCAGAUGCCUGAUCCUGAAUGCCCUCACUUUUGUGCUUGGAACCUUCAUCUGCCACAAGGAAAAGGGCCUUAACUCAAUUUGCUUGGAUUAUAUUAUCGCCCAAGUGAUCGAACAUGGUCCCUCCGUGUAUGCUUGGUUCUCCAUUCUGAGCUUUUACAGAGAAAUUCUUAUGGAGUGCGAACUGAACGAGCCUUCAGUAGAAUCCCUAUGCUCUAAAGCUGUAGCUUCCAAAAACAGUCAGGGCCCAGAAGAAGUCCUAGUGAGUAAGGCAAAGUCCUACUCGCUGUCCGAUUUGAGCUUGGACUGCAUGCAAAGCAGCGACGUUGGUAGCUUUCCUGCUGACCGAUCGAUGGAAAUUCUCAAAGCUGAGCUCCGGGACUUGUUUGAGAAAAAAAGAGUUCUCAAAGAUAGUUCCAAGUCGUUUGACUCCCUGAUUCACGCCAAUUUAAAUAAAAGCACCCCAUCCUCAUUUUCUGCUGCAAACCUUUCAAUAAUCGAGCAAAGCAUGAGAGCCCUAGAAAUUUCCGAUCAUGAUGUUGAAAGGGCCCAGCAGCUGAAAGGCCAAUUCCUGCAUGCUCUCAAAGAAGUCUCCCUAUCGGAUGUUUACACAAAUACGCUCCUAACGCGAAGCUUCUACAUAUCGCAAGGAAAACUUUACAAGGGCCUGCACAUGCCCAAGUCGCACUCGCAGGCUGAUGAUGGCCAAAGUGAGGAAACCUGUCUAUGCUUCAUUAGAAAACAGCUGCAGCUCAGACAAUCCAACCAAACGCUACAUGAAAGCGAAAUAGCUACCGUUACCUUGAAUGACAUGGAAAAUGAGAAACAAAGCGAUUUGAAUUGUUUAAACGGGGUUAGGAUGGAGGUGGGUUUAGGGGCCAGGCUUGGCUUCAGUCCUCAGCGAUUUGGGCUCAAGAAGACAAUUUCGAAAAAUUUCGGGUGCCAAGUGGGGCUUUUGCAAAACACCCGUGAUCAACUGGUGAAGAAGAUUUUUGGCUUUCGCCUUUCGCCGUAGGGGAAGCUGGAAGAUUCUUGUUUAUGUAAAAAAAUAAAAGCUCGUGGUUUCAAU